AUGCAAAUUGAUUUGUCCCCGAUAUUUCUUAGGGCAUUGACACCCUGUCGAUCGACUCUUGCCUUGUGUCAGUUAGCGGGUAAAUACAGCAUUUCAAUGUCUGUUCUACAACGCUUAGCUGGUGCAGGCUAUCGUCUUCUCUCCCCUUUGAUGUCUACUCAAUCUAAACGUUGGGAACGACUGAAAGCGGCUGCUUCUAAACCCUAUGGUUCACAUCGAUUACCCUUAGAAUUCAGGUUGGGUAGGGGAAAGCCUCUCAAUCCCUAUUUGAAGGCGAAGAUGAUCGAUUCUCUUUUUCGAAGGGAAUUAAAGCCUAAGGAGAUAGGGCUCUUUCCAGACGAGCUGGUGUUCGAUGGUGAACGAGAGAUAGAGGAGCGCACUCUUCUAGGCCAAUGGGUAGAUCAGUGGUUGCGAUGGCUCUCUUGGUAUCACACCUCGGCAUGGUCGGGCAUAGGGCCACGGACAUAA